AUGACAUUUAGGCUCUGGUCAAUGGGGUGGACGCGCCGUGGCAAUAGCCUCAAAAGGCACAGCAGACGAGUGAGCCCAUUCUUCUCCCUUGCCCAUAAGGGGUCGACAGGGCCCAAUCUACAGGUUCAGGGCGUACGACACAAGACAUAUUUCGGUCGAUCACAUCCACAGCGUCUGAAAAUGAGAAGCACAGAUCCUAAGAGAAGCAGGGGAGUGAUGCGAGAAGCAAAGCCAUCUUCUAUCGUCGCUGUCGCCGCCGCCUUCUUCGUCAUUGCGGGUAGUAGAAUCAAGAUUAUGCUCGCUCCUGCCUCGGACGUAUUCCGGUGUCGCUGUCACGGUGUGUCACGGUGUUCUGUUCUGCCGCAGACGGUGCAGACGUUCUGCCGUAGAGAGGUUGGCGGGCUCGACACGAGGCAAACGGAAAAGGAGACGGUGGUGAACGCCGUGACCUCCUUGACCUCCACUUUAUCCGUGCGCUGCAUCCUGUAUCGCCGCUUUCCCUGCCCUCCUGUCACUUAUCUAUAUCCCAUGGAUAUAGUAUUGGGCAAAUCGCGGACGAUAGGGUUGCAGGCUUGA